AUGGCAACUCACCAAGGUCCGCCUCGUCGCAACGGGGUCAUUGGGUUCAAUAUGGCGGGCCCCCCAACUCCUGCUAUCCCUCUGAAUGCUACACCACGCAAUGGGCCCAUUGGGUUCCAGAUGGUGCCUGGUCCUUCUUCCAAUGCCACUCCUCUCAAUCUCAACAACCAGGGUCCUCCGCACAGGAUCACCCCCCUGGUGGGCCCCGACACAGCCCAUUCUUCUCCGUUUGGACAAACCAAUGUCCACCCAACGCAGCGCGAUAUUCGCUCGGCAAAUGAGAUGAUUGCCGAUGCUGAAGCUGUGAUUUCUCGCCAGGAAGCCGAGCUGAGCCGGGUCAAUUCCCAGGUGUCAGCUCUGCGAUCCCAAGUGGCAGCACAGCGACGCACCACCCGCUUUGUUGAUCAACACCAGAUGGAUGCAAUGAUCCAUCGUUCGAACAAUAACCGAUCCCGUGACGUUGAUGCGCAGUUUCGAAUCCUUGAGAAUCGACUGGACGAACUCGCAGAACAACUUGAACGGGCCGAGGGCAACAAGACCGCCCUUCAAAAGCUAAAUCAGACCCUCCAGAAGGAUCAGAUAGAUGUCCAGGAAUUACGACAUAUAGUUGCCGCAGCAGAAUACAGCCAGCGACGACAAGAGCGCCUUGCAGGCGCGGAGAACCGGAUGAACGGCCUCCUCAGAACCAUGGAAAGAAUGCAAGCCGCAGCCAUGCAAAACACAAGGGCUAGUCACGCCUACACUCGCAGUGCACUGACUGCUGAGUCUCAGGCCAGCCCUGUGGGUAUUGCACGCCGCCAUAUCAUAGGAAGCCAGGAACCAAGCUCCCAGAUUCAUGCAUUUGACAUUCACCAGCAGCAAGUCGGCAAGGGAAAAGAACGUGGCCCGAGAACGCUCCCUCGGGAGGAACGCGAAUGUGACUUUAGCUCUGAUUCUGAUGAUGAAUCUAGCUCUGAUUCUGAUGAGGACAUGAACUCCAAGUCUGAUGAUGACCUUAGCUCUGAUUCUAACGAGGACCUGGACUCCAUUUCCGAUGAGUCCGAUUUGUCCUCGGUGUCCCCAUCGGACAGUCUUAGCAAUGUUAUUGUACUGGAUACUCGCGAAACAUCACGGGCCGGGACACCCAUGAGUAUCAGCAUUGAGCCCACAGGACAUGACCUUGCCGCUGAGUCGCAGAUGAGCGACCUAAAUGCAAUGGUGCAAGAAGCACCAGCUACCACCCUUGCCAUCGCUCCCCAGCAAGUGGAGACUUACGACAUGAUGGAACUUACGAACCGAAUGGCCAACCUCGAUUUGAACGAUCACAACUUUGACGGCUGUAUGGCCUGGGAGCCUAUGACCACACCUUGUGUCUCAAGGAAUAUCCGCAUGGCUGAUGUUGGCGACCGAAUCCCUGCGCGUCCCGAACUAAGGGCCAGAAUCCAAUAUGCACGACGGAAGAAUCGCUCUAUCUUCAAGGGCAGGACAGCACCCGCCUGGGCAGCCUCCACGUAUCCGAGGUACCAUAAUCCCAGAUUCAAGCGGCACCGUCUUACCGGAUUCAGUCGACGCUUUCUUCCGAGCCAUAAUCAGCCUCAUUAUCCUGUGAAUACUCAGUCCUCCUCUUCUGAGAAUACUCAGCCCUCUUCUUCAGGGAGUGCUCAGCCCUCUUCUUCUGGGAGUACUCAGUCCUCCUCUUCUGAGAAUACUCAGCCCUCCUCUUCAGGGAGUGCUCAGCCCUCUUCUUCUGGGAGUACUCAGCCCUCUGCUUCUGAGAGUAUCCAGCCUUCCUCUUCCGUGACUCCUCAGCCUUCUGGCUCUGAGAGUUCUCAGUCUCCUCCUGCCGAGAGCAGUCAGCCGGCAGGGACUGUCAACCUCCCUGUGCGGAAGAGAAUAGCUGGUGUGCUUGAGCCCAGCCGGGGUGAAGGACGAAGCCACAAGAAGCGAAUCACGAGAAAAGUUGUGGUAGCCAUUGGUUCGCCUCUACUUUGGCGUUCUGAGGUAUACGCGAUGAACACAGCCCCGAAAGUGCAAGAAAUGAGUGUGCCAGCUGUUUCGCAGCCAGCUCAAUCUUUGCAUGUUUCGACGGAGGAGGUGCCCACCCAGAGAGUCAUGAGCGAGCCAGCUGUUUCGCAGCCAACUCAGACUACUUUGGAAAACACCGAGUCUGUAAAUACCGAGCAAGUGCCUACACAGACAGUUAUGAGUGAGCCAGCUGUUUCUCAGCCUACUCAGACUGUUCUGGAAUACACCGAGACUGUCUCGACCGAGCAGGUGCCCACCACCGCAGCCAUGAGUGUGCCAGCUGUUCCCCAGCCGACUCAAGCUGUCCUGGAGGUCACCGAGCAGGUUCCUAUCGAUGCAGCUUUGAGUGAGCCAGCUGUUUCCCAGCCGACUCAAGCUAAUUCGGAGGAAGACGAGACUGUCGAGACCGUGCAGGUGCCCACUGAGGUAGUGACGAGUGAGCCAGCUGUCACCGAGCCGACUCAAACUACCUUGGAGCCCACUUUGCACGAGUCUGGUGUACUUGAGUGCACUAUGCUCGGGUCCACUGUGUCCAUUCCGUCCGACGAAGUUGUGAAUGCGCCUGCUCCUAGUGAGCCAGUUCCAACUGAGUCAGCCCAGACUGAGCCAUCGUCAGCUGAGGAAAUUCUGAGUGUGCCUGCUGUUACUGAGCCGACUCUGAAUGAAUCAGAUCUGACUUGGCAGACCGAGGAUGAGCUUGUUGUUUCGAGCCUGCGGACAGAUACUCGCUCGCACCUUGAUGCAGUGUUUGCGAGACGCGCGGCAGGGACUCAAGCUCGUCCCACCAUCAUGUCUUCUUCUGGGGGUCUGCAGGUCACAGCAGCCCCUCGGAUCGUCUCCACCUCUUCCCUGGUGGCCAGUCCCGAAGACGCUUCGGUAAAGAAUGCCGUUGCAACAGGGACAGAUUCCCGUGCGGGGGUUUCGGAAGGCACCAAGAGGGUUGAGGACGCCGAAAACCCGACUCGCAGCGCUCAACAGUCUGCAGGAGAACAGCGGGAGGAAAUGGGCGGAGAAGAGGCAGCGACUUCUGGUCCUCAAAUGCCAGGGGCUUGGCCUUCCGACCCACCCGCCGUCACUGCGUCUGGCGAGUCAGACAUGCAGGAGGGAUCGGCUUUGCUGAGGGGGUUGUGGACAGGAGCUCGUCGGCUCUCCUUUGGCGUAUUCGGUUUGGUGAUGGUGAUUCUGCUUUUGUCCCCCCUGUGGGCAGGUCACCUUGGACACCUGGUUUACGCCUUGGAGGGUCCCGAUCAGUUCCUGGAGGAACUGCGCUGGGAGCAUGGAUAUGAUGUUCCAUUCUUGGAGCGGAUUAUCUUUUGCUUCCUCCGUCGUUUUGCCGGAGAUCGGACUUUGUUCGGUUAA